AUCUUCUCUAUGCCUUCCUGCUAUUAAUCUAAAUCACCCUGCUGUAACAAACUCCUAUAAAUUAAAUGACAAUAUAGGAAGACAGAGUUUUAUGUUAUCUAAAAAGUUCUAUAAUCCCAUAAACAGCCAGAAAGACAUAGAAUCAAAUGUAAUUGUAUCUUAUACAAAUGCAAAUGGUCGCUAUGAUUCACUCAAAGAAAGCCUAAAGAAAAGUGUCAUUUUUGCUAUUGGAAGAUUAAAACUUAGUCCUAAUAGUAAACUCCCACACAUCAUUUCAUCAGAAAUCGAAUGGAGCUAUACCACUAAUGAACCAAAAUCAUCAUCCUACUCAUCUAAUGUCACAUCUAAUAAAGAAUAUAAUAAUCAGCUUGAUAUGAUUGAAAAACAAUAUACAACAAUAAGCUCACAACCACCCAAUAAAAGAAAAAGAUACAGUUUCUUCUCUUUAUCUACAAAACUUCUGAAUAACACACUACAAACUGUCAACCUUGAACAACUCAUGAUGCAAAUUCGAACAAAUCAACCUAAUACUCAACAAACUUAUGAAGAAUCUUCUGAUAAAAAUUAA